GUGUUGAAGAGAGUGGUUAAAUAGCGCGUGGGAAGGGAAAAGGGCCCUACGAAUACAUUUCUCACCAAACCAAACAAAACUUGCAUUACAUUACAUUACAUUACGCACCACACUUCUCUCUCUUUCCUUUCUCUUUCGCGUGUGUGUCUGUUGCUUGAAGCAGUCAACGAUGGAGUCCAAAUCCCCUCGAAGGUACCAAGAGCACCGCGGCGGCGUCAACCUCCUCCCUUCGCCGCGACACAGCCACAGCUCCAACAGCAGCACAAGCAGCAGCAGCAGCAAUGGCCUCCACCACACGCAAUUCACGCCUCUCACGCCAACCGCGCCCUCCCCCACCUCCUACCCGCCCAAGCCCCUCACCAGAUCCGAAUCCGCCAAUCCGUACCCGACAACCUUCGUCCAGGCCGACAGCUCCUCCUUCAAGCAGGUGGUCCAAAUGCUGACAGGAUCCUCGGAAACCGCGAAACAAGCCUCCUCCUCCUCCGCCUCCAAAGCAAACUCCGAAGCAGCCAGGCCCCACUCCCACAUCCCCCCAAUGAAGAAGCAAUCCGGGUUCAAACUCUACGAGCGCAGGAACACGCUGAAGAACCUCAACAUCAACCCUCUCCUACCUGUCUUCUCCAACACCGUCUCAGGAUUCUCUCCUCGCAACACCGAAGUCCUCUCACCCAGCAUCCUCGACUUCCCCGCACUCGUUCUCAGCCCCGUCACGCCUCUCAUACCCGACCCAUUUCACCGAUCCCGCUCCAUCGACACCCAGGCCGAAGACAAGGCCAUCCAAGAGAAAAGCUUCUUCUUGCAUCCCUCCCCUGCAUCCACCCCUAGAGACGCUGACCCUCCUCGCCUUCUGCCUCUGUUCCCCACCGCCUCCCCAGGUUCUUCUUCCUCUUAAAUUUUCAUCAUCAUUUAUUAGUACUAUUACUAUUACUAUUUACUAUUCCCUUCCCUUUCCCUUGUCCUUUACAUUUUCUGUAAGAUUCUUAUAUAUAUUUUUGUGGCAUUCAUGAGGACCAAAGAGAGACAAAAAAAAAAAAAAAAAAAGAA